AAGCUUCCUGCGAGACUUCCGGUGUCCUUGCGGUGUCGCGGUGUCCACCGAAAGCUCAUAAAAGCUGGGAACCAUCAAGGAAGCCAGCACACGAGUAGCCUGCGCACCUGGGACCAGGUCAAAGCGAUUGCGUACACCGUAACGUGGCUGUGCACCAGUGAGAAUCGAGAUUUCGGCUUGCUUGCAUGCCACCAUUCCAUCGAAAUAUUUGAAUACGAAUUUUAAACAUGUUCUUUAACAUAAACGCUUUUCUAAAUCAACAGAAUAUCGCUUAAAGGUUCGUGAACGAAAAGUUAAAGAUGUAACCGAAUAAAAAAAUAUAUAUUUACUGUGAGAGAAAAAUAGAAGACUGCCCACUAAUCAUCAGCUAAAUAAUGAUCCACUAACAAAGUUUAUCCUCUUUGAUUUUACUAAAAUACCAUGUUUCGGUAUGGCUGUGAAAUACUUGGAUGGACCAUUCGUGUUCAGAUUGAACGACAGUGGUACAGGUCCGAAUCUUCUGAUACAGAUUUGCACGGAACGUGGUUGGAGGGAAUACACUGGAGAGAAUAACGUAUUUAGAGAUCGAUGGAAUCUAUGGUGGAAGUCCGGUGGUUUCCCUUUACCUUAUUACAAGCCGCUACUACCAUGGCAGUUCGUCAACAGAAUACCAAAGGGAGGAUCUAUCUGCAGAAAGGAUAAUCUUAUACGCCACUUAAGAUGCAUGAAGAAGAUGUACGGCUCGAUCUACGACUUCAGUCCUCCAGGAUACAAUUUACCAUCAGAGUACACUAAAUUAGCGGAAGAAUGCAGUCGUUGCGAGGAUGACAAAGUUUGGAUAUGCAAGCCAGUUGGUCAAAGCCAGGGCAAAGGAAUCUUUCUGUUUCGUGUAUGCACUUUCCAGAUGAACAGUAACUUCGUCGUCAACGUUGUUGAAAUCAUUCGAUACAUAACAAUGUGUUUACAGAAAUUAAGCGAUCUUAUGUACGAUACCACGACGGUGGUGCAGAAGUACAUUGAGAAUCCUCUUUUAAUCGGAGGCUACAAGUUUGAUCUACGAUUGUACGUGUGUGUCCCUUCGUAUCAUCCUUUGGUAAUAUAUUUAUACAAGGAAGGCUUGGCACGAUUCGCUACAGAGAAGUUUUCUUUGGAACACCUGACCGAUCCUUUUCGCCAUCUCACCAACUUUUCCUUGAACAAAUUGGGUCCAGGAUAUACUGAAAAGAAGGAACGCAUUGGUGCUGGCUGCAAAUGGACUUUCAGACAACUGAGAAGGUACUUUGAGCAAGCUGGAUACUGUGACUGGUUUCUCUGGCAAAGAAUUGCUUGUUUGGUCAGCUUAACGAUCUUAAGUCAGGCUACUGGUAUUCCAAAAUCUUCUAAUUGCUUUGAAUUCUUUGGAUUUGACGUACUGAUUGACAAGAAUCUGAAACCAUGGUUACUAGAGGUCAAUCUUAGUCCAGCAUUGAGCAACGACUGUGAAAUUGAUUCAGAAGUAAAGAAACCUUUGCUGCACGACUUGUUCGAUUUAUUAGGUCUUCCAGUAUGCAACACUGGACUCUCCCUCUUCACGAUAUGGUCAACCAACCCCGUUGACGAUGAUGUUGAAGCGUCUUCCAAGUUCUCUACGGGUCGAACCACCAAGAAGAAAUCAAAAGGCCCUCAGGAAACCGAUACUUUCUUAAACCUGUGCACAGAACUUCAACCUACUCUUAGACAAUCAUCUACAAACGAUUCCUCAAGCUCAUGGUCUCGUUACAAUCCGUUGCUGAUGGACAAAUAUAUUCCACGUGGUUUUCGAGGUACCAAUUCAAUAAAUCAUGAUAAGACGUCGGUGUGGGAUAAUGGCAAAAACUGGAGCACCCCUUGUGCGAAGGAAGGAGGGUGGGUUCGGAUUUAUCCAUUGACUCCAUUUAUACCUGACAAUAGUAUGGAUUAUGUGUCAUCAUCUCUAUCAGAAGAUUCACGGAUUGUGGAAAAACAAGUUAAAAAUUCUGUUCUUUGCAUAAACAAAUACUUAAAAGCCGCAAAAGAAGUACAUAAAAAGAAUGAUAAAUAUAGAGAUGAACAGUGUAAUGCUUUGCUACGUAAAGCAAUGGAAUUGAAUACUGAAAUUUGGCUGCCACCUAAAUAAUUUAAGCACGACAUUGAUACCUUUUUAUAUAUCUGUUCAUUUUCCGAGUGAAUCAGCACGAUACGCUUUGACCAAUUUAUUUAUACGUGAUAUUCUGAUCUUAAUCUUUUUAAUAUUGCCACGUUCGAAAUGCAAUUUUAACAGUCAGAGUUCGUAAUAUUUUUGACAGUAUAAUAGAUUUUUGAAUCAUAUUCUAAAUGCUAGUGUUAGGCUUAACGAAGAGGGUAAUUGUACUCUUUUUUUCUAUAAUAUGCUUAAAUAUAAAAUACAACAUAAAAUUAACCGACGAAUACAAAUGAAGGACAUCUUUAUUGACCAAGAAAUUCUCGGUUUAUUGAAUGUUUUCUUGAAAAUUUACAUUAAUUCACUCCUUUCGCUGCUAACCUCUUGUCACGCUCUUCGGCAAUCGAAAGCUUGACACCUUUGUCUCUUGGUAAG